GUAACGGUGCGGUUACCUUUCUUACCGAGAAAGACAGUAGCGCUAAAUGAAGCUUUAAAAGACUUCUUAACCAUUUAACCUGAUCCUUUCAUGGUCUUUCUGUUACAUUUUUUCUUUGUUUUUUUUGUUCAGAGUAAGAGUCUUUUAGUCUCGUAAUAAAAAAGCAAAGACUUAUAAGCAAGAAUAAAUGAUAGCAAGCUCUUGAUAAUUCGUUUAUUGCCUAAUAGAAGCCGAGAACGCCAAAGUCCAUAAAUCGAGAAAACUAAUGCGAGUUUGGUUUAAAAAACUUCCAGAUGGAGUUGUAAGCUCUGUUCUCGUGACAGAAGAAUAUCUAGUGGAUGACUUGAAAGAUGCAAUUAGUCAAAAAUUCCCUGUGCGGAUCGCGCGACAUUUUGAUGCGCCAGAACUGAACAUUCGCCUUGUUGCUCCGAGCAAUUGUUCUUCAGAGCCUCAAUCUAGAGAUCUGGAACCAAAUGAAAAUUUACUAUUGACCAUGAAUUACUACUUUCCUCAUGGACAAACAAUAGACGAAGCGCUUUUGGUGAGUGUGCCUUCCGUUCCUUAUGCACAGAGUCAAUCAGACAACUCGUUGCCAUCUUCGAGGUCAAAUAGCUAUGAAAUGGUUGCGAACAACAAUACUCCUGAAUUUUCAUCCACAUCUCAAAUUUCCAAUAUCAUCGCUGACUCGGGUCCUCGUUCCAAGCAGCCCUCCGUUUCCGAAAUCCCCGACUCUCCUUCUAAUCAUUCCCUCCAUCGAGCACCCAGUAACUCUUAUUUAUACAAGGUACCCAGUAUCGCGAACCCUUCUAAUCGUUCUUUAGGAAGAGGCCGCUCCAACACACUCGUUAAUAAACCCGGGGUAUUGCUUUUACCCCGCUAUUCUCGGCAACAAAGCUCUUCUAGUCGUUCUGGUGUCUCGGAUCAUGCUUCCUGUGAAAGAACCUACCCUGCUGUCACGGCCAAUUCCAAACAAGCGUUCAGUUCUUCUACUAGUUCUGGUAAUACCGUAAAACCGGAACAGAAGAAGUCUCCAGAGAUACCCCAGAGUAGUGCUGAUUCUUUAUAUACUAGGCCCAACUCGUCUCCAAUUCAGAGUUCCUUGAUUGAUGAGCCUGCUUCUUCCAGCACUCAACAAAUACUGCCCGAGUCUACCGUAAAGGCUGGUUCAGAAUCAAAAAAUAAGCCUGCUAUAUCACCUCAAGCUAGUUAUUCAGAAAACACCGGAGACAGUAGUAGAAACAAUUCUCCUGUAAAUGUUAUUGGAACAGCCGGUAUUUCUGCCAAAACGCCUUUUGCUAGUUUACUUGAAGGUGUCAUUCCUCCCAUUGAGGUUCUAAUUGUUGAAGACAACAUAAUUAAUCAGAAAAUUCUCGUGGCCUUCAUGAAGAAACGUAAUAUUUCCUCGGAAGUUGCUAAAGAUGGUUUGGAGGCUUUAGAAAAGUGGAAAAAGAAAUCUUAUCAUUUAAUCUUAAUGGAUAUCCAACUGCCAACACUAACUGGCAUAGAAGUUACAAAAGAAAUUCGACGUCUAGAGCGUCUUAAUGCCAUCGGUCUCGUCGCUCAAAAGCCUACAGAACCUAUUCCUGAACAAGAAUUGCUGCCACCUGAUAAGUUUCAGUCGCCUGUUAUUAUUGUUGCCUUAACAGCUUCCAGCUUAAUGACUGAUCGAAACGAAGCUUUAGCAGCAGGUUGUAAUGAUUUUUUAACGAAGCCGGUAUCGCUGGUAUGGCUCGAAAAGAAAAUUACGGAAUGGGGUUGCAUGCAAGCACUUAUUGACUGGAACAGAUGGCGGCGUUUUCGUGGUCAUUAAUUUGCUUUUUUUUUAAUAUCCUUAAUUUUUUUUUCAUCUUUACUGCUCGUAAGAGUAGGAUCCAUUGAGCUUUGUGAUAUAUAUUUAUACAUUUUCUAUUACUUGUUUAUUAUAUUUUGCUAAUCUCUGGUUUAAAGACCUUUACCUUGACUGAUUUUGCUUAUAGGUUUUUUUGUGUACUAGAAAUUAUUUAACGGUUCACGUUUUGUCAUAUUUAAUGAAACAAAAUACUGUGCUUACGCGUACCACAAGAACUGUGUGGUCUUGUCUUGGGAGUACUACCUUGGAGUAUUCGUAUAAUCGAGCGAAAUACUUAAGUUAAUACUUAUCGCGAAAUUAUUUAUAUUGUGAACUAUUAUUUACUAGUGAUAACUACUAAUAAUGUUCUCUGUAUGAACUAACUAAACUAGUUGAUUAGUUCGACCAGCAAAAUCUUAUUAACUGAAGAUUUAGCUGUAAUAUUUAGCCAUGUAUAACUAUUAUGAUUUGUCUUCUUUUCAAUCGUACAUACC